UAGUGAAAUAACAGCAUUCAUCUUUAUUCGAUGUUAAGAACAAUUAUAAUAAACACACACGAUCGAUAUGGAGUUUGAUAAAUUAGUAUUUGCCGCGCCUAGGUUUCUAUGACAACGAGGGUGGUGUGGCGGUUUAUUCAAGGAAAAACAUUUUUUAAUUCAUCAUGAACCACAAUGGGAAACAAGUUAGUGACGUUUACAGACCAGCAGAUAGAAAAUUAUCAGGACUGUACUUUUUUCACGAGAAAAGAAAUCGUGCGAGUAUUUAAGCGGUUUCGAGAAGUACGGCCAGAUUUGGUGCCUAAACGAAUGAAGCAUAACGAAGCCUAUAGCGUACGCAUUCCACUUGAGGACAGUAUAGAAAAAAUAACAGAGUUACAUGAAAAUCCAUUCAAAAAACGAAUAUGCGAAGUAUUCUCACGAGAUGGAAAAGGCAAUUUGUCCUUCGAGGAUUUCUUAGAUUUGCUAUCAGUUUUCAGCGAACAGGCACCCAGAGACAUAAAAGUUUUUUAUGCUUUUCGGAUUUAUGAUUUCGAUAGUGACCAACAUAUUGGUCCAGAAGAUUUGGAUCAAGCUUUGCAACUACUUACGAAACACACACAAGAAUUGACUCCGGAAGAUAGGCAGCAAAUUGUUGAAAAAGUUAUUGAAGAAGCAGAUGUAGAUGGAGAUGGAAAACUCUCUUACAUGGAGUUUGAACAUGUCAUCACAAGAGCACCAGAAUUUUUGUCAACUUUUCAUAUAAGAAUUUAGGUUCAACUGCAUGUGCAUAUUUUAAGAAUAAUUUGUAAAAGAGUUACGUCAGAGAUACUCAUAGAUAACAAGCUGGUAAAACCUGUUGUGUCUGUAUAUAGUUAAGAAAGUAAAUAAUACACUUUCAUCCAUUCUCUAUGUAAUUGUCUUGACUUAAUGCAUUGUACUCAAUUCAAAAAUUUAAUAAAAUUGUAUUGAUCUGACCAAGCA